GAUUGGCCCGCAAGUCGACGUGCGCGCUGCGGGCAUUGAUCGCGUGGCCAACGAACGCCGGUGCGCGUUGCCCCCAAACAGUGGCGUCGUCGCUAGGGCGGCCUGAGGCGCCGCUCCUGCUCCACGCCCUUCCCGCCGCGGAUCUGUCGCUUCGCUCGGUUUCCAAGACUGUUUUGUGACUUAGGCAUCUCACUCAUAGGUCGUCUCUUUUCUGCUGGACUACUGGAGACUUGUAUGAUGAUAGACCGUGUUUGUUUCGAAGAAGUGCCAGGACCCGCCACGAGGACCUGAAAAAAAAAAAACAUAAUGUAAUAUGCAGUACUUCGGGAAAAACUACAGGGGCUCUGACGUUGUGUGGCGCUGCUGAUGGGACGCUCCACCUCCUCCGGGACACGCGAAGUUGAAACCGGAGUCGCGCGCACGUCAGAGAGAUGGGGAUGUGGUUCUGGCGGUGCCGACAUCGCAGCCGCGUGUGCUGCGGGGGCGAUUUCGGGCCGAGGACCGGCCAGGGCGGGGGGGCGAGCGGCAGCUUGGCUCCGGCCCCGUCGUGCCGCCCCUGGGGCAGCCCCUGGGCGCGACUCGUGCUCCUGACAGCGCUCGCCGUCAUCGGCUAUGGUAUACUGGACACAUACCUGCGAACACCUACCGUAUCUUGGAAGAACUGGUUUCAGGCGCUGGAGGGCGUGAACGAGACAGUGAUCGAGCUUAUUACUCAGGACGAGGUUGCCACCUACAUCCCUCCCACUGUCGUGCCGCCAAGUAGGUGGGUGAGAUACAGCCGCCAGUGGCAUGGCUAUCAGCUACCUGUGAUCACGUGCCAGCCCCUGGGACGCUUCGGGAAUGUCAUGGGCGAAUAUGCCACGCUCUAUGCCCUCAGGAAAAUGUACAAUGCCUCGGUGGUCGUUAGUCCGGCGAUGAGCUCUCAGCUCAACAAAACCUUCCCGGGCCUGUCGCUUCCUUUACAUCCAGGGCCUUUCCAGCGGGAGUUGUGGCGCCCUGUGGGGAAGGUGGGCGCCCUUUACAACUACGCCCUGGUGGAAGUCGCUGCCACGGGCCUCCUGGGACCUCACCUCUUCGUCAUGACAGACUAUGCCUUCGAAAUCCAGCUAUUUAAGGUGUAUAAGGAGGAACUGAAAAGGGAAUUCACAUUCUCAGAUAAAAUGCAGUCGGAGGUACGGAAUUAUCUACAGGGCGUAGUGAGAAAAUACGAGAGACAGCCCCGUAGUGAUAACGCCACCUCGCCUUCCUUAACAACAGCGCCUCCUGUGUUCGUUGGCUUUCAUAUACGCAGGACGGAUUAUGUGAAACAUGCUAAGAAAAUGUUUGGAGCCAAAUUACCCGAAGAAAAGUAUUUUAAAAGGGCUUUGAAUUACUACCGAAAACGAUUCCCAAAUAAGGUGGUGUUCAUUGCGGCGUCGGAUGAUAUGGUUUUUAUUCAGUCCAGGCUAAAAAGCGAGAAAGAUGUCUACUACGCCCCAGGCAAGUCCCCUUCGUUUGACAUGGCGCUGCUCUCGUCGUGCAACCACAGCAUCGUGACCAUGGGCAGCUUCGGCUUCUGGACGGGGUACCUGGCGGGGGGCGAGGUCGUCUACCCGGAUGUCAAGCUGCACAGCGAUUACAGAUUCUCCAAGUCGAUGUUCGAGCGAGUGCGGCUCGAAAACUUCACUCCGCUGCCAGCCGACUGAGACUCCUCCGUCCGGCAUCAACUACUCUCCGUGCCACUUGAUCAAUUUCAAGCAAAGACUUAGCUUUACUUCGGCGUUAUCUUAAGACGAUCACUUCCAAUCAACCAGUCUCAUCCACCAACAACGAUUAUGUGUGAAUAAUGUAAUUCUAAAGUGUGUGUUACAUUUUAAACGCUGCGCCUGCAGGGAUCUGACGUUGCCCUCGUGUCUAAAGCCUGGGUGUUGCUGAUCUGGGAGACGUGAAUAUUUUUCUACGACCUAUUUUGCUAUGAUUAAUAAAUGUUUGA